GGGGCUGCGAGCUCCGGGCCGCGCGGAGGGAGCUCAGGCCCCGCCGGACACACGCUGCAGCUCUAGGACAGGGGCGGGGGGGAGCUGGGAAGAUCUGUGGCCGCCCAGAGAAGUGAGCUGGGGCCGAGCCCGUUGGCCUGGGUCAGGGUGCCCCGUGGAUGGGCGCAGUGCAGACUUAGCUCCCUCUGCCGUAGUUUGCCCGGUGGCUGGAGGCACCGCAGCAAGAGAGGACCUGUGAGAGCUCGUCUUGCCGCGGGGGAACAUGCAGCGUGGUGGCAUGGCUGUUGAGAACCCCUACGCCAGCGUGAAUAUUCAGCUCGAGAACAGCUUCAUUAAGCGCUACCUGGGGGAGGAGCUGCCCUCGCCCACUGUCGUCGUUAAUCCCAGGGCCGUGCCCACCUCCCCAGCCCCAGAGCAGCUGAGCGGUGCCAGUAAAUCGGUGCCACUGCCGCGGGGGAACAGGCAGCGUGGUGGCAUGGCUGUUGAGAACCCCUACGCCAGCGUGAAUAUUCAGCUCGAGAACAGCUUCAUUAAGCGCUACCUGGGGGAGGAGCUGCCCUCGCCCACUGUCGUCGUUAAUCCCAGGGCCGUGCCCACCUACCCAUCCCCAGAGCAGCUGAGCGGUGCCAGUAAAUCGGUGCCACUGGGUAGUUGGGAUGGUUCAAAAGUCCUGACGCGGAAGUCCAGGGCCCUGCCGUAUAACCCGUAUGGCAGCCUGAAGCUGCUGAACGACGCUUCCUCGGCCCUGCCCUACACCAUCGAGCUAGACAAGCACCAGAAGAGUCCUGAGGUGGGCACGGACAGUGGCUGCUGCUGCUGCUGUAAGUGCUGCCCCUGCUGCCGGAAAUGCUGCUGUGUCGUCUCCUAACCCCCCGAGCCCUGACCCCUUGCCACACCCGGACCGGCACCGGGCUGGCCCUGCUGAGACAUCGGCCUGAGCCAGCCUCCUUAAGGAGCUGGGAUCCUGCAGCAAGGGGGGCUGGGAUGGACAGCCCCAGCUAUGGUGCCCAUCCUAGCAGGAACGGUGGGACGCCUCGGGGGGCAACCGGAGCCCACAGCAGCCUUGCAGUCUCCUGAGACUCUCCGUGAUCUUUGGCUCUCUCGGGGAUGCUGGGCGUGGGGAAGGGGGGUGACUAUUUUUGCCCCGGUUGCAGGGUGGCUUUCUAGACCUUGUUUAUCCUAUGGAAAGUGAGCUCAGGUGCCAUGGUGAUGGGCAUGUAGCAGUGAUGUGCUGCCAGGAUCGUGGCCAGGCCUCGGGGGAGUUGCAAGACCUGCUGAUGAAGCCUGGAGUGCCUCGUGCAGUGCCCUGUGGUGGAAACUCGACCGCUUGCUCCCACUUCCUGUCUGGCUGGGGAACAGCCCUGAUGCAACAGGCCGUGCAGCUGUGCUGACCUCCACGCAGACAAAGACGUGCCCUGGUAUCACCCAUUGCAGAAGCAAGAACCUGAGCUUGGGGGGACCUAAGCGGUGUUUUAUGGGUGCUUGUGUGGAUUCUCACUGCCCCUCCCCGUGGGUGGGGCAUGCUGGUACAGUCUCGCCUAGCUGCGGAGGCUGCGUGCCUCUUGAUUCUGUGGGGAAAUGGCCUUGCAAACCAAGGCCUUGUCUACACACAACAGUCAUGGUUAAUGUGGUACAAUUCUCUAGUGUGGCUGCAGUUAGACUGGCGGAAAGGUGCUCAUACUGGUCUAGCAUUCCAGUAGGGGAAGGGAAUGAGCUCUACUGGUACGAAGCACCUGGGUCCUGCUCUAGCUGUGUCCACGCUAGGACUUGGGCUGGUAGAACUGGGUAGGUAACGCUCACGCCCCUGACCCACGCGGUUGAGAGGUACAAACUCUGUUUGCUAAGCAGGCUGGAAUGAGGAUCCUGCCAGUCCCUGCCUGCUCACCCGCCCGACAAAAGAAGGAAACACCCCCCGGAAAAACAAACAAACGAAACAGCUUGGAGAAUGUGCUCGGCUCUGCUCUGGGGACGUGCCAUGGCUGGACACGUUGGCCUCUGGGUCUGAACUCACAGUGGUAGGAGACUCUUCUGACAUCUCACCCCCCUCGGUGCUGGGGCCUC